GUUGCGAGCAGCCCACCCCACCUCAGCUGGGUGGGGGGAGGACAGCCCAGUCCAGGCAGCCAGCAACCAGCGCGUCUCUGCCUACCAAUCGGCAUGCUCGGCUCAGGCUCCGUGCACAGCAGCUGAAGCUGGGCGCAGGGGGACGAGCAUCUUCCCAGUAAUGGCCUCUGCUGAGCCUCCGUGCUCCAGCCUCCACCAGCAGCACUGCGCAUAAGGCAACACACCCACCUUUGCCCUCCCGCACCCCCCACCGAGUGAGAGAGAGACGCCACCAUGUACAGCGUGGAGGACCUCCUCAUUUCCCACGGAUACAAACUGCCCAAGAGCGGCCCCCCGUCGGCCACGCCUUACGAGAAGCGCCCCGCCGACUGCCAGCGUGAACUUGUGGACAACAGGGCCGGCCGGGGGGCCCUGAACGGGUUUGAGGCGGACAGGGAGCCCACCUCCAUCACAGGGAUCUACGGCACCAGGCAGGCUCUGGUGAAGGCUUACCCUGCCACAGACAAYGAGAGUGGGGAGAGGAUCCUGAGGAGAAAAGAAGUCGGUAUUGGUAUCCUUGGUGAUGGUCAGCCCUUGGGUGAUUCUCUCGCAACAGACAGUGGGUUCUAUGAUGUUCCUAGUUUGACUUACUCAGAGCCACUCAGCUAUGAUGAGCGGGAUAUUUCCUACUGGCGGAGGCGAGGCCAGGACUUCAGCAUCCUGCUGGACUACGCUGACGGCAGAGAACUGAGGGCCUCCGCUGGAGCAUGGAGGCCCCAGGCCCUGAUGACGGCAGAGGAAUACAGGGCAGAGAGGCAAGCGCAGCAGCUAUGGGAGGACAUUUCCUGGUUAAGGGACCCAGAUGCAGGCCCUGGUCAGCUGAGGGUGACUGGGGAGAGGAAGUGCCAAAGCCUGGGUACAGAGGAGUGGAGGCCUGCUGUGGGCAUGGGAAGGCAGCUGUCAGAUGGGGAUGGGGAAAGGUGGGCUAAGGACCAGUACCGCCUGAGGACACCCGAGGGCUUUUUCCACCCUAGAGUUAAAGCAAAGUCUCAGUCACUCCCCAGAGUUUUGUCACCUGAUGGAAACGACUGCAGAGAGCUCGUACCAUCCAGACCUAGCCUACCUGAUAGGCAAAGGUUAAACAGCACUGUUUUCUCUGGGCCUUAUAGCAGAUAUGUCUAUGGUGGUGGUAGAAAUGGUUGGGGUAGAAAUGUCGGCCCGAGCAGCCAUGUUGCACUUUUACCAAAGCCCAGGUUCAGCAGGCCUUUGAAGCCACCAUCGUAUGAGAUACACCAGCAGACAAGGGGUAGCGCAGAAAUGCUUGCCAUAGAGCAGGGUGCCAAACAAAAAGACAGGUCUAUCUAUUAUCCAAGGGGUGGGGAGCUGAAACACGACUAUUUCGCACAACACUCUGCCAUCACUGGAAUGGAGCCUCCUGGCUACAUUCCACCCCCUUCAUAUAGGAGAGGCCCACCCCCGAGAGGAGUUUCACUCAAUCGCAAUGAGUUGGCAAACUUAAGAUGGAGGGCAGAAGCUUUGCAAAUGCCCAUGUCAGAUCCUGGAAGGUGGCUUUCCAGACAGAGCAGUGGCUUGUGGUUGGAACAUUAUCAGGAACGUAGUGCGUCCUACCGGAAAAAGGUACAUUCACUGGAAGAACAACCUAGUCUGGUUCGUCAAUUACCCAUUGAGGACCCAAGAGUGAAGCAAAUCUCAGGAGGGCCUAGCGGGAACUCUCUCACUGACUCAGACAAAAUCCGAAACAUCAGCAAGGAGAUUCCGUCUGCUAAGGCUCUAGGACAAUCUACACAUGAUAGUGCCUUUCCUCCCCAGCAGGGGCCAGCUCCCAACWCUGAAACCAACAAAACAGCUCUCAACGACAGUGACAGCAGUAAUCGACGGUGCAACAGGGGUAUUAAAAAAAGCGAAAGCGUAGGUCCUGAACAUACUCGUAGUCAUAUUUUCCCCUCAUCUUUUCUUGGAAAACCACCACCACCUCCAUGUAAACCGGCUGACCAGGGUGUCUCUGAAACGACGACAGAGGUAAAGAAAGUCGAACAACACGAACCACCGGAGAAAGAAAAAUCCAAAAAUCUAAAAAAGAGACUCAGUGAAACCAUUUUUUGUUUAGUGUCUGUCCCUGUUACCCCUCAGCCCACUGUAAUGAUCCGUGACCAGAAUAACAACAAUGAAAAGUCACCAGACCCAGCAGGCAGUCCUAGUGACAACAAAACUGGUCAUUUAACAAACCAAAGUCUCCAAAGCACAUCAUCAGCUGAAGCUGAGCUGCAGGCUCUAACUGGCAGCAUAGCAAGCAGCAAAACAAGCAGCCGAGCGAGCAGCAAAAUGUUUAAAAGAUUACCCUGUAGACCCCCUAAAAUAAAUCAUUACAAGGAGCUGAAGCUGUCAGGAACUUGGCCUGCAAACCAGUAUCGAGAUCAGGAGACACAAACUAGCCCGGAAGCUCAAAAACCCAGCCCUGAGAACAAGGAAGCACAACAAGACCCCAUCCCUCCUGACACUGAUGUCGCAGCAGACAGCAGCGGCUUAGUGGGCGCUGCGUUCACUUUCCCAAUAAAGGGAGUCAAAAGCCUGAAACUGUCGAGCAACAGCGCAUUCUCUCUGACCUCCACCUUCUCCAGCCAGCUGAACAAGAGUACAGCUCAGGAUCCAGCAGCACCACCCUCAGGAAAUGUGGAGGAGGCCAAACCAGCAAACAGUGGGCAGGAGCCAUUUGAACCAUUUUUGAUCAAACCCACGGUGCAGAGGCCGUGGGAUGCUGUCAAAGAACUGGAGACCAUCAAAAAAGAAAUCCAGGAUCAACAGCAGCAACAGGCCAACAAACAACCAAGUGUCGACAAGUGCAUAGAGGACCUCAACGAGGCCUACAAAGACAUCUUAGAGCUAGGCACUGCCGGCAGUAAAGUCCCCAAUGGCUCAGUUCAAAUACCAGAGCGCAUCAAAAUCCGAYUGACUUCAGAACCUCUCAACAAGCCCAGCAGCCUUAGACGCAGUGCGGUGAGCUGGUCUGUUGACCCCGAAUACAGAGAGGUGAAGAGCGCCUUCUCCAGGCCUGCAACCAAGUCAGUGACCUUCAGCAAACAGCUCAGAGAAGAACUCCCAGUCCCACCAAGAGAGACGGGGUUCAGAGAAUACAGGGUUGUUGCACAUCUUUCACGCAGAAGGAGCAAYGAUGGCAGGACGGUGAAACUGGACCUGCCAGAUGAGCCUAUCGAGACGCCGCUUUGUGACUUCAGCCCAACGACGCACAGCACAGCAGCCGAGGUCCCCUGGGCGGAUCGACAGCCCAUGCAGGAUGCCUCUACACUCACCAGUCCUCCGGAUUACGAGGACAUUUGCCAGGCUCUGCGUCAAUCUAAAGAGCCGACAGAUGCUAGCAGAUCGUCCGCAGGCCAUUCUAGAACCAGUGACUUGGAGCCUCCUCAAGAUCCUGGUGUUGACUCGGAGGAGGAGUGUCCUAUUUGUAAAAGAGAGCUUGAGAAUCAGAUGAGACAGGGUCCGCUGCCUCCACUUCACGAGGAGAACAGCUCAGACAGCUCAGUCAAUCAAAAUGGAAGUCCUCCCCAACGUGCUGCGUUAGAAAGUCCAGCAGAGGACUCAAAAACCGAGGAGCUAAACGACUCAACUUUAAACUCGUCAGGGCCUGACUCGUGUGCAGAAACAACGGAGCAGCACUCACUGACGCAAGGAGACGGUGAACAAACAGAAAACGCUCAGGCAGAAACCUCAGACAGUUCGUGCACGAAUAACCCUGCUGAGAGCAAACCUGAAAAUGGAUCCACUGAYGAUCCUUCCUCUGCGCCCACAUUACAAACCGACCAGCCUGCAACCUUAGAUGUCACGGAGGAACAGCGUGUUAAUGAAACUGURACUCAAAAUGUAGACUUAGAAAAGGAAAAAAACUGCUCAGCUGAAACACGGGAUGCAGGCAAAAAGAGAUUUGUAGCAAAAUGUGAGGGGCAAAGCAACACUUUGCCAAGAGGCAGGAAGGAAAUAGAGAAAAAGUCUGUUUCGGUCCCAGAACUUAGAUUUGGUCUACGAACUCAUUUGGGGAAAGACCAUCCCGGGUUGCCUGAGUUUCCGCCAGAUAGACUGCCGCUCUCAAUCCCCCCAAAUCUAGACCGAAGGUUAUCUCUAAGCUUGGAGGGGGAGAGGAGGACCAGAGGCCCCUCCCAGCGAAUAGAAGCAUUGCAGAACAAGCUGGCUGUUUCUCCAGGUCACGUGGCGGUUGAACGGAUCGCCAGAAUGAGAGAGGUGGACGUUAUAUGCCGGGUGAGGCGCCUGAGCAUCCGGAGUACUGACUCUGGGGAGGGGGAGGCAGAGGGGGACGGCAAGGAAGCGGAAGAGCUCCACGCAGUACCGCAGGAAGACAAGGAGAACAAUCAAGAGGUCACACGUUCACAGCGGGGAGCGGAAGAGGCAGUGUUGCAAGAUGAGCAGAAAUCAUCUCUCUCAG